AUGGCUACCCCUAGCGUUCUCACCUUUGAUGCUGACAGUCGGCCUGUCGACUUUGAUGUCUGGGUCGAUGAUCUACAGCAAUUCCUGCAGUGCGAUAGGAAAGACGGUCUCGCACUGUUCGAUCUCACGUCUGGCGCCUCUCCUGCCCCUACUGCCGAUGCUGACAGCACAAUUCGCUCCCAGUGGGCCACACGCGAUGCUGCUGCCCGUCUUGCUGUGCGUAGUCACUUGCCGUCCACUGAGCGCGCGCACUUUAGUCAGUACAAGAGUGCUAAGACCUUGGACCACUUCCUCUCUGUUUGCCCCACCACACUCAUCGUUGACCUCCUCGAGGAGCGCCUCCUGGCAGCUGAGAAGAGUAAAGUCGUUGUAGCAGCCUCUCGUGGUGACCCUCGUACCCCCUUCUUUGAGGGGUGCUCCCCCUCCCCACUUUUGCCCUCUGUUGCCUAUGCUGCUGCCGUCGACUUCGUUGGCACCGAGUCGGUCAGCGCUGGGUCUGCCCUUAGCGGGAGACGCCGCACCGGCAAGGGCAAGGGGGGCAAGGGCGCUGGAGGGGCUGGCGGGGGCGGUGGAGGUGGCGGUGGAGGCGGCGGAGGGAGUGGGGGUGGCGGUGGGAGUGGUGGCGGGGGUGGGGGCUUCGGUGGCGGCGGUGGAGGCGGAGGCGGCGGCAGCAGUGGUGGUGGGAGCGGAGGAGGAGGCGGUGGCGGCGGUGGCGGAGGUGGUGGCGGCGGAGGUGGAGCUGGUCGAGGUGGCUCUGCGCAGCGGGGCGGCUCCGGUGGUGGUCAGCGCCAGCAGCAGCAGCGCACUCGUGAGACCCCGUCCCCCAAGCAGCUUCGUGAGUGGUACGCUGCGCGUCAGCGGGGUGGGGGUGCUGGUCCUUGUGCCUACGUCAUGCGUACCGGCGACCGCACUAGUGAGCCGUGCGGUGGCCCGCACACCACCCAGCGCUGCUUCGGCCGCCUAACGGACGCUUGGCGUCUCCAGUUCCCUGACGCCACUGAGAUCCCCCGCUGGGGCGAGCUGCUUAGGUCGGGGGUUGCUAUCCUUGAUCUGGAUUAUGAUGCUAUUCUUGCUGCCAUGUAUGUUGUGUCUACUAGUGAUGAGGGUGACUAUUACCUGUGUGUUCCGCCUGACCCGGGCAUUGAUGCUGCUGCUCUAGGUGCUGGUGAGGCUGCUGCUCUAGGUGCUAGUGCGUCUGCUGCCCCAGGUGCUGGUGAGUCUGCUCUCUCAGGUACCACGUCGGCUCAGGCCUUACACACCUUCACCCUUGACUCGGGUGCUUCCCGCUCCUUCUUUCGAGACCGCACCACGCUUACGCCGCUUAGUCGGCCAGUUGCGGUCUCCCUGGCGGACCCCUCUGGGGGUCCUGUCCUUGCCCACUUCUCCACUGUCUUACCGUGUCCGGCGGCCCCCUCUGGCACCCUGUCAGGUCUCUACCUCCCCUUGUUCUCUAUGAACUUGGUAGCUGCGUCGGGUCAGUUGUUUGCUGCAGCGUCCAGGUCUGGUCCUGAGUCUGCUCCCUGCUCGUGUCGUCUCCUGUCCCACCGGACUCUCCUCUGGCUCCACCACCUUGGUCACCCCUCCCUGCCUCGUCUCCGAGGCAUGGCCUCCCGUUACCUUGUCUCUGGUCUCCCCCGGUCCCUCCCUCCCCUCCCUCCGGGGCCUACCCCUACCUGCGUUCCCUGCGUCGAGGGGUGGCAGCGCACCGCUCCUCACUCCUCCGAGUUUCCUCCGACAGAGGCUCCGCUGCAGACUCUUCACAUGGACGUGUGGGGCCCCGCCCGCGUCCGUGGCCAGGGUCACGAGCGUUACUUCCUGUUGGUGGUUGACGACUACUCGCGUUACACCACGGUGUUCCCCUUGCGCAGCAAGGGUGAUGUCACUGAGGCGGGGAGUUUUCCUCUGGGAGCCUUGUGUCGUGCACAGGGCAUCCGCCAGACGUUCACGCUUCCGGCCUCUCCACAGCAAAAUGGGAUUGCUGAGCGCCGCAUUGGCAUGGUCAUGGUCGUCGCUCGUACGUCCAUGAUUCAUGCGGCUGCUCCCCAUUUUCUGUGGCCGUUCGCGGUUCAGUACGCGGCGCAUCAGAUCAACCUUCAGCCCCGAGUCUCCUUGCCGGAGACCUCCCCUACUCUGCGGUGGACGGGGAAGGUUGGCGAUGCGUCUGCGUUUCGUGUCUAG